AUGGAUGAUCCAAACGAAAGCAAUUCUCAACAGCAACCUCCUCAGCAGCCUCCUGCUUUGGCAAACUUCGACGCAACAACAAGCAACGUUGACGAUUGGGCUGAACAGGUGCGUUCUGAUAUCGAGAACCAGCAACAGGAACAAGCAACAGGAACAAACGCAUUCGAUUGGGCCCGCAAUAUCCAGCAGCAGCUCUCAGCACAAGGGCAACAAAUUCGGCAACAAGCCCAACAGCUAGCUCAGCACCACGAGGUGAUACAACGUUUCCAGCAGCUGCUUGAGGAAAAUACUCAGCUUAAGGAGGAAAAUGCAAUGUUGCGCAAGAAAUUGGAUGCCUUGCAAAACGACAUGAACCAGCCAAAGACCACGUGCAACACUGAAAUGGUAGUUGAUGAUGAGGACGACUCGCAAGAUGCAAUCGGGAAGGCAUGUGACAAGGUAGCCGCUGCCAUGGCAACCAUUGCACAAGAAGGAUCAUCCACCAAAGAUUCAAUUCAUGCACAUGCCUCGCCAUUGAAAAAAGUUUCAUAUGCAAGCAUUGCAAAGAAAAGCAGCACUCGUUCUCAACGAAGGAAACAACGUUUGGACAAUCCUACGGAGGGCAUGAUUGCGUGGGCCACGAGGAAAUUUACCAACACCAAUACGGAGGAUAUGGAUGAUACUCACGAACCUGUACGACCACGUGCACGUUACGAUAUUGUCUAUCUAACAUCACCCCAACGUACAUCACACGGUGAAGCAAGACGUGCUCUUGCUAUUUUCAAGAUCCCACAGGCAAGAAUCAUUGAUGUACAUUUUCCGAUCCGCGGCAUCAUCGGAUUAUUGAUUCAUGCAGACUUCAAGACCGAGUUGUUGGAUUUACUCAAACAGGCCAAGGUGAACCCUGUGGAUUUCAACCCCACAGCACCAGCAACAAUCAUCAACCCGGAAUAUGCCGACUAUACCGGUGAACAGCGUGCCGACAAAGCCAAGGAACUUUAUAGCAAUAGGAUGCUACGUGCAUGUGCUCGCAUGCCGAAGGCAUACCUUGGAGCAUCCAUUUUACGACAUUUUGUGUCACUUGCCGAAGACGAUCCACAUCACUUGGAUAAAGUCGUUGAGAAACAAUUUGAGAUCAUGCGUCCAAGACCAACACGUCGUGAACGUACUCCUCUCGCAAUACCAUCAAUUGAGGAAGCUCGUCGUUUGCUUUCAUCAGAGAGCAACGCUGGAAUGGAUACCAAUGAGUAA